AUGAAGGUUACUUUAGGUCUUCUCUCAGCAUUGGCUUACAUCGGCCACACUUCAGCAGCUCCUGAUCCCGGACUCGCCGCAUGGCACUUGGACAACCUCUAUCCUCUUGCCACUGAACGACUGGACCCGGUUGUCAACCCGAAUGGUGUAGCUUCUCACUUACAUCGUAUCGUUGGUGGAAGUGCCUUCGGUGCCAAUUACAACUACGAUGAUUAUAAUGGUGCCUCGUGCUCUACUGCAGCUGUUCAGGCCGAUAAAAGUAACUAUUGGAUGCCUCAACUUUUCUGGAGAGAAAACAGUACAUACGUACCUUUGAAAGCGGGUACAAGAUUCUACUACUUCCUUCACAGAAAUAAACCCGAUGAACCCGUUAGAGCAUUCCCACCAGGCUUGCGUAUGCUUACGGGAAACCUCAAUGCCAAAUCGUAUGCUGAGACUGGUCUGCCUACUGGCGCUAUCAAUUUUAUCUGUCUGAAGAACCACUUUUCAACUCCUAAUGGGGAUACUGCCGGUCCCGAUUUCAACUUUGACAUUGAUUGUCCUCAAGGUUUGGUCACCACUGUCAGAUUCCCGACAUGUUGGGAUGGUGUCAACUUGUACAAAGCAGAUGGCUCUCACAUGAAAUACACGGAUAACCUUCAGUUCGGUGUCUGCCCCGUAUCUCAUCCCGUUCGAAUCCCAGGUAUCAUGCUUGAGUACACAUGGCAGACCUACGCUUACCGACCUGGAGUUCCAUUGAGAAACAAACUGAUUUGGGCUAACGGUGAUACCACUGGUUUUGGUCUCCAUGCAGAUUUCGUGAACGGUUGGGAUACUGAUGUUCUCGAGAAGGCCUUGAAUGAUCCUGAUUGUCUCAGCGGUGAUAUGACGAUGACUGCUUGUCCUACAUUGGCUAUGUACAUGAAUUUGGGAACCGCUCAGAACUGUCAGCCGUCUCGAGGAGUCUUAGAGUCAUAUGAGGAUUUCAAGCCCAUCGGUGCUCUCCCAGGAUGUAACCUUCCAUGGUCAUCCGGAUCCAAACCUGCUUGUAACCCUUCUGUACCCAACCCUUCCAUUCCUAACGGGCUGAAAGGUACCGAUGGUUCAUUGACAUAUUCUGGUCCAUCCUACCUUACGAACACCUCUAGUCCGCCUAAUACCUGGACUAGACAAGGUUGUAUUGGUGGUUCCACUUCGCUUGUCAAUUCGUUCCAAUAUUCCGAUGCCGCUAUGACUCAAGCAAAAUGUCAAUCCACUUGUGCUGAGUGGGGAAGCCAAUACGCUGGUCUUCUCUCCGGACAGUAUUGUGUCUGUGGAACAGAUCUUGACCCCGCAGCAUACCACUAUGCCGAUUCCAACUGUGACUCCAAAUGCGGUGGUGACUCAACCAAGACCUGCGGUGGUAAUGGUAAACUUGAAUUAUUCCGAAACCCUUCAGCUACAACUGUGAACCAUCCGGGUAAGCAGAGUUUGGCGGCUAUCGAAUUUGGUAGAACUUGUAUGUGUGGUAAUUCUUGGCAAAACGGUGGUGGUAUACCUUACCCUCAAAACCAAUGUAAUACUCCAUGUAAAGGUAGCACACAACAGUUCUGUGGUGGACCGCAAAUCACUAUAUCAACCUUCAACCUUACCUUACCCGGCGGCAGCAGUCCACCAGUCUCGUCGAGCACUUCAGCUUCUUCCGCAUCAGCCAAGGUCACUUCUUCCUCGGCUAGUUCAGGCCCAAGUGGAGCCGUCACUGUAACUAAAACAGUCACUGUCACUGGAACUUGUUCGGCUCCGGCGGGAAGAAGAAGGAACCACAGAGAUACGAAAAUCUUCGGCGAUGCAUGA